CUGGAAAACCUCUACAUAGAGGGGAACUUCUUCAAUGGAUCUAUUCCUAGAUCAUUGAGUUUCUUGAGAGGAAUUCAAUAUUUUGAUCUCUCUCGCAAUAAUUUCUCCGGGCAAGUUCCAAGUUUCUUCGUGAAUUUUUCCUUGAUGAAUCUUAACAUUUCGUAUAACGAUUUUUAAGGUGAGGUACCGAUGGAAGGAGUUUUUCGAAAUAUUAGUGCUAUAUCAGUUGCCGGGAAUAGUAAGCUUUGUGGGGGCAUACCUGAACUUCAACUACCCAAAUGCAACUUCAAAGAAUCGAAGAAACAAAAAAUGUCUCUUGCACUGUGACAGUAAUCUCGGUAGUGAGCACAGUACUGUGUGUAAUGAUGGUGCUGUGUUUCUUAUUUUGUAUUUGGCUCAAGAAGAAAAGAAAGAGUCAACAUUCUGAAUCACUCUCGAAUGAAUUGUUCUUGAAGGUGUCUUACCAAUGGCCUCUCAAAGCAACUGGCGGGUUUUCUUCAGUGAAUUUGAUUGGUGUGGGGAGCUAUAGCUCUGUCUAUAAAGGAAUUCUUGAUGAAGAAGAUGAGACAUCUGUUGUUGCAGUCAAAGUCUUAAACCUCCAACAUCGAGGAGCUUCCAAACGUUUCAUGACAGAGUGCAAGGCCUUGAGAAAUGUUCGGCAUAGGAAUCUGGUAAAGGUCAUAACUUCUUGUUCGAGUGUUGAUUUUCACGGUAAUGAUUUCAAGGCUCUGGUUUACGAGUUCAGGCCCAAUGGAAGCCUAGAGAGGUGGUUGAAUUUGGAUCCGGGAACAGAAAAUGGACAGAAUAUUGAGAUUCAAAGCCUAAACGUGCUUCAAAGAGUAAACAUUACGAUUGAUGUGGCUUGUGCACUAGAAUAUCUUCACCAUCACUGUCAAACGCCAAUUGUUCACUGCGAUUUAAAACCAAGUAAUGUGCUUCUUGAUGAUGACAUGGUUGCUCAUGUAGGAGAUUUUGGGGUAGCAAGGUUUCUUCAACUAGUUUUAGAUCCAAAACAAAGCAAUUCAGUUGGAAUAAAAGGAACUAUUGGCUAUGUGGCUCCAGGUAUGUAAUUACAAUGCACUAUUUUUUUUUUUUACUUAUUUAUUUAUUUAUUUUUAUCUAUAUUUUUUUCUUAUUGGGUUACUUCAAUAUAGCAUCACUCAAAUUUAUUAAUGUUCUUAUUCCUUUUAUCCACUUAUUUUUCAAAUUUAUUAAUCAGCAAUAACCUUCGUUUUUCUAUUAUUUAUUCCUUUUUUAGCUUCUUUUUCAAAUUUAUUAAUGUAAUUUUAUAUACUUAAUGUCUGUAUUUUGUGUCUCUGAAUUUUUCUUUACUGUACUUUUAUUUCAAUAGGCUUAACAUGCUAUUUGACUUUCGUUUACUGCAUUGUUAGUAAACUACUAUUUAUUUAUUUAUUUAUUUUUAUUUUUUCGUGUUGUAUUGUUGACUGUGUUCCUUGAAAUUAAUUCCUGGCUCUUUCGCUUAGCAUGUCAUGUCAACAUGCACGUUCCAACUUUUUCGAUUCAUUAUGGAAUUGAUAGUGUACAUUUGAUUACAAGAGAUAAUUAUAUAUGUAUGUGAUGGCAAUCAAUAC